AUGGGCAUGCGAGGCUCUCCCACCGGUGAUCUUCAUUUCGACAACGUAAAGGUCCCGAAAGAAAACAUUCUUCUGGGCGAAGGGGCAGGAGCUUUUGUUCUGAUGCGAGGCUUGAAUGUUGAAAGACUGCUGGGCUCAGCAAUGCCCGUUGGUAUUAUGCAAGCUGUGAUUGAUCAGUCCUUUCCUUAUGCUCACGAAAGGAAGCAGUUCGGGCGCCCGAUCGGCAAGUUUCAACUAAUGCAAGGAAAAAUGGCCGAGAUGUAUUCGUCGCUCUCCGCCUGUCGAGCUUAUCUUUACACAAUUACGAACCACGAGUGCGCCUCCCUCAUCAUGUUUGUCUCCGAUACAUGCACAAAAGUUGCCCUAGAAGGCAUUCAAAUCCUUGGUGGUAACGGUUACGUGAACGACUAUCCUGUGAACAGAUACAUGAGAGAUGCAAAACUAAUGGAAAUCGGUGCAGGAACGACUGAGGUCCGUAAAAUUAUUCUCGGUAGAUACUUCAACGAUUACUUUCUUGACUGA